UUUCCGAGCAGCACCUGAAGGCAGCAUGCUGCUACCGCACCGCCUCAGGUUUUCUCCGCACUCAGAGCUCCACUGCGACCGGGAGGAGACCAGCCAGACCCGGAUCCGGAGCGUGAAGGUCUCCGCUGUGUGUGGACCUGUGACUGGACUGGAACAUGUUGUCCCGAACUGGUUGAGCCAUACCUGAAACCAGCAGAAACGUCCAGUGUGAUGCAGCUGUGUGAUGGGAGAAUCGGCCGAGCAGGAUGGGCAACAAGCAGACAACCUUCACCGAUGAGCAGCUGGAGGCGUAUCAGGACUGCACCUUCUUCACCUGCAAAGAGAUCCUGCGGUUACAUAGCCGAUAUCGUGAGCUGGCUCCACACUUAGUGCCGCUGGACUACACCAACAACCCCGACAUCAAAGUCCCUCUGACGCUCAUCAUCACUAUGCCCGAGCUGAAGGAGAACCCGUUCAGAGAGAGGAUUGUGGAGACGUUCUCAGAAGACGGACAGGGGAACCUGAGCUUCAACGACUUUGUUGACAUGUUUUCUGCUCUCUGUGAAACUUCACCCCGAGAGCUUAAGACCAUAUACGCCUUCAAAAUCUACGACUUCAACAGGGACAACUUCAUCUGCAAAGAGGACCUGCAGAAGACUCUGAACAAGCUGACCAAAGGAGAGCUGACUCCAGAGGAGGUCGCGCUGGUCUGUGACAAAGCCAUCGAAGAGGCCGACCUCGACGGAGACAGCAAACUCUCCUUCUCCGACUUCGAGAACAUGAUCUCCAAGGCUCCGGACUUCCUGAGUAACUUCCACAUACGAAUAUGAGACUUAAGAGUGGAGAUCCUGCAGAGGAGAGAUGUCUCACUUUGACUGUGUUUCCUGAUCCAACC